AACCCGAACAGAGGACAUGCCACCAGGCCCCCUUUUGAACAACAACACACACACACACACACACACACACACACACACACACACACACACACACACACACACACACACACACUGGGGCAACACAUAUAAAGAUGGGCUCUACCUUCGGUGGGCAAAAAGCAACAACAACACACGCAGGAAGCAGUUUGACCGACAGCAGCAGCCAUCAUGGGAAAGAUCAUCUUCUACGAGGACAGGGACUUCGGGGGCCAGCGCUGCGAGUGCACGGCCGACUGCGCUGACCUGCACUCCGUGUUGGAGCGCUGCCGCUCCAUCCGGGUGGAGAGCGGCAUGUUCGUGCUCUACGACCGGCCCGGCUUCACGGGAACCCAGUUCUUCACGAGGAGGGGAGAGUACUCCGACUACACGGGCAUGACGGGCAUGAGCGACUGCGUCAGGUCCUGCCGCAUGAUCCCCACGCCCAGCGGCGGCGGCUACAAGAUGAGGCUGUACGAGCACUUCGACAUGGGAGGCGAGAUGAUGGAGCUGACCGACAACUGCCCCAACCUCAUGGACCGCUUCCGCACCUCCAACUUCAACUCCUGCAACGUGAUGGACGGCCACUGGCUGGCGUACGAGCAGCCCAACUACAGGGGGCGCCACUACUACCUGAGGCCCGGCCAGUACAGGAGCUUCAACGAGUGGAGCGGCAGCAACUCCAGGAUGGCCUCCGUCAGGCGGCUCACGGAUCUCUAAAAAGAUGAAUAAAAUGGCGUCCGCGCUCACUCGUGUUCGGUUUUUGUGUUCUUGCUCUCUGCGUUUUGGAGGGCGCGUUUGCAAGUGACACGGUUAAAAGAAUAAAAUAAGACUUAGACUGCCUCACCACAUGGGCCAUUUAUAGCAGCUUUAGACCAUUUCACAUGGUCUUCAUCAGACAGAGAGAUUGACAGGUUGUCGUGGAAGGUCAAGAGUGAACUUUUAGUAAAAAAUAAAUUAAUAAAAGAAUACAUUUUAACAUUUAUUUUCCUCAAACAACUGGGAAACCUCAGCCCGCUGAUGACGACCAUGUGAUGUGAUGGAAAGCUCCAGAAUAUCUCCUAAAUGAGACUGUUCUCUCGACCAUUAUAUUUGUUAUAAGGGGAGUAUGAUUAUGGAGCAUCUUACAAAUAAAUAUAAAGAUAAUUGUUCUUACAAUUCGAGGUUUAAACCUCUCUGUUUAAGCAGUGUGUGUAUGUGUAUUUAUCUGGAGGAUGGCCACCAGAGGGCAGUGUUAGAGAGUUUACAUUAUAAAUGAGAAAAGGUCAAACUGACACAUUCUCUAAUGAAGCUAACGUGAGAAUUUAAUUUGGCAAUACCAUCAUCUUCAAACACAUCGGGCAAAUUAAAUAUAAUUGGUACAUUUGCUGUCGAAGACUUUAUCAACAACAUAUAUAGCAGCUUUGAAUACUAUUGUUAUCUGAGAUCUAAAGUUUGAAAAUAGUUCUGUUAAUAAAGUUGAUGAAGGUCUCUCUGCUUAAAGCGAAAGCGGUGAAAGAAAAGGAACAAAUAAUCCACAUCAAGAACUCUAAAGAAUAAAAGACCAUUUAACUUUGGGGGCGUGGUACAAAAACAAUCCAACCAUUCAGUCACGAC